AUGCCAGGCAAAAGAGAAUCCUGGGUCACGAGUGUCCAUGUUGCAAGGGAUCUUGGAGUGAUUUUGGAACCUGCUCAAAUCAAACAGGAAUGCCGCUCUCUGGAUGAUUCUUCUGCAACCACAGUGACCAGCAAUCGCUGCAAUCGUGGGUCCCGCUCUGCAUGGCUUGACCUGGAUGGUUUGGAAGAACUGCAACAGAAGCUGCCAGCUUUGGCAAAGCUUUCCACAAUGCUGGCAGGUCUUCCCCUUGAGCUGCAAAAUGCGAAUGUGUUGAGUGGAGUGCAUUUGCAAGUGCACCCUGCUACGAUGAUUGCGGUCUAUCCAGAGCAGGCAGCAGCGUACGCUUUGCACAAGGAUUCCUAUGCUCCGGCAGACAAUGAUCCAGCAACUGGGGCCACAAGACACCUCACAAUUCUGGCAUAUUUCAACGACUGGCGCCCUGGCCAUGGUGGAGAGCUCCGGAUCCACGAAUCAGCUGGGCAACGCCCAGAUCCACGGCAUUUCCAAGCUCUGGAGCCAAAGGCUGGUACCGUAGUAAUUUUUGACAGCCGCAAAGUCUGGCAUGCUGUGGCACCCUCGCUUCGUGGUGACCGUUGGGCAAUGCUUCGUGGUGAGGAUCCAUCUGAUGCAUGGUCUUGGUCAGUAACGCAGACUUCUUCCCUUCCGCGUAGCCGCGCGGUGUUGUAUCCACAAAUAGCAAUACAUUGCGUUGGAGCUUUGCUGCGAGUAGAUCUCCCUUCUGAUUCAAUGGCUGACGACUUCCGAAGCGAGAUGGGCUCAUCAGUCGGGUCUACAGAUCCAAGGCCCAUUUCCAAGAACUCGCUGGCGAUCGGCAAUCAGGCAUGCUCAGUUGGGAAGUCUUCCACCUUCCGGGAAGCACUGCAUCUGCAUUUGGGUGAGCUGCAAAGCAAGCUUGUGGCCGAGCACGAAUGCCGACUUAGCCCAGAGCACAGAAGUUUGGAACAGCUCGUGGAGUCCCUGAAAGCAGAGAAUGAACGCCUCAGGAAGCUUUUGCCACAUGAGGCUGAAAGUCUCAAGCUGGAGAGGAGGGACAAAUCGCAUGUGCUCCGUGAUGCAUGUCAAAUGAUGCGGGAGCACUCCCACCUGUCCGAUCCGUUCCACAAACAAUCCCUAUCCCCUCGGGACCGCGAUGUCGCUGCCCAGCGAAGUCGCAAGGGCUCUGAAGUCGCCAAAAGGCAAGCUUCAGUGCGCAAGACUGUCUCCGCGGCAAAACAACCCCGCCCUGCAAGGCGAUCGUCUGUGAGAGGCACCACUGUCUUGGAUCUCCGGCCGUUCCGCCAGGAUAGCCAGGAAUUGGGCAGCAUUUGCAGCAUGGACCAUCAAGUGGAGAGUUUACUGCGAACCGCCUUGGCUGCGUGGAAGGAGUUCACCUUUCAGUACAUCCGAGAUGAAGACGAAGAUGAAUCUGAGCAAGAAGUUGAGGCCCUUCGACAGGCUGCUUACAAGGAAUGGCCUGAAGAUCCAAACAGCAAUGAGUGGCAGGCGCAGCUCUUCCGGACAGACCUGGCACGGACCAUGUCAGGGGAUCUCAACGCCAGCAAGUCGGACCGUCUCAACGCAGGGCCAAAUUUUUGGAGGAAAUACUUGGUCACUUAUCCAUCCUCCAGAAGGAGAAUGCUUUGGGACCUCCUUGGCCUCAUGCUGGUGAUUUGGGACAUUUACGCUAUCCCGAUGAAUGCUUUCGAGCGAGGGCCUUGGCAUGACAAGAACAGAACAGAUGCCUACAUUCGCAGCACUGCACAUGAAGAGGAAGCUGACUAUACCGAAGUUGCAGGUGGCACGAUUGGAACAGCCAGAUUCUCUAGUUCCGAGUUCCGAGCAAAAAUCAUCGUCAUUCUGCUUGCUUGCACCAUCAGCAUCAAGUUUGACGAGGGAUUGCAACUGCUGGCGCUUGUAGACCGCAUUCGUGAUCGUUUCAACAAGAGGCAUCUAGACGAGGACCUUGCUUUGGAGGUUCACCUGGAGGCUUCUGGCAAAACGGUGGCAGAGAGCCUUGACCAACUUAACUUUUUGCCAGAGAAAGGCUCACACUUCCGAUCCAUCCGCAUGAAGUCGUUACGAAUUCUGGCAUUGGCAUGUGCUGAUUUGCAGAAAGCUACAGGAUACCUGCCAGGCUUUGGUUUGCUGGGGCUGCGAAUGGACCAUUUCCAAACAACGGUCAUCGACUCUCCUUGUGCUCUGCGUGGCCAAGUAGCUCGGCUGUUGGACCCGCCUCUUGUCAGCGAUGACGUUGUGCAAGUAGUCAAAAAGAACAGCUGCUUGGAUUCGCUGACCGAAGACAUCUUCGAGCAACUGGAUCAGCUGGACGAGGGUGCCGAGAACUUUGCGUCGAGCUUCCGCUUUGUGGGAGACAUGGCUGCAGAGCGAGUGCUACUGGCUGCGCGCCAGGCAGAAAUGAAAAUUAAGGAGAAACGUCCGAAGUUUCCUGCUAUGGCUCUGUGCCCGUCUCUGGGUGCAACCUUGUCUGGUGGUGGUUUUCGCCACGCAGAGGUCUUGGUGCUACUUUACCCGUGGAGCAAAAUUGCUUCGGAGAUACCUGGUCUUCCUUCAGUUCGGCCACGGCAUUCCAGAGAGUUUAUGGAGAGACAAGACAUGCUGCCCUCUUGA